CCGCCCGCCCUUGCAGAUCCCGGGGCGGGCUUGGCGCUGCCAGCGGCAGCCUCCGGUCGCCGCCCGCCCGCCACGAAGCGACUGCCACGUCAGGGCAACCUCACAAACCCGGGCGAGGGCGGGUGACGCGGCCGGGCGGGCGGCUCGGCGGCCAGACCAGGAGGCCGAGCUCCAGCCCGGGCGCCCGCUGCAGCUACGCCCCGGCCGGCGCCGGCGCCCGCCCGGCCCUCAGGGAGGCGGGGGAGCAGCGAGGAGGCGGCGCCGCCGCGAAGCGCGCCUCGCCGGCACCCUCUCCACCCCGUCCGCGGAGCAGUCGGGCCGGGCUGGGCGCGCCGGCGGAGCUCCUGGGUCAGGCACCGUCGGCCCGAGCCGCGCGGAGAGCCGGGCAGCGGCGGCGCGGGGAGGCGGCCAUGGAGACCCGCUACAACCUGAAGAGUCCGGCUGUUAAACGUUUAAUGAAAGAAGCGGCAGAAUUGAAAGAUCCAACAGAUCAUUACCAUGCACAACCUUUAGAGGAUAACCUUUUUGAAUGGCACUUCACAGUUAGAGGACCCCCAGAUUCUGAUUUUGAUGGAGGAGUUUAUCAUGGACGAAUAGUACUGCCACCAGAGUAUCCCAUGAAACCACCAAGCAUUAUUCUCCUAACGGCUAAUGGACGAUUUGAAGUAGGCAAGAAAAUCUGUUUGAGCAUCUCAGGACAUCAUCCUGAAACUUGGCAGCCUUCGUGGAGUAUAAGAACAGCAUUAUUAGCCAUCAUUGGGUUUAUGCCAACCAAAGGCGAGGGAGCCAUAGGUUCUCUAGAUUACACACCUGAGGAAAGAAGAGCGCUUGCCAAAAAAUCACAAGAUUUCUGUUGUGAGGGAUGUGGUUCUGCCAUGAAGGAUGUCCUGUUGCCUUUAAAAUCUGGAAGUGAUUCAAGCCAGGCUGACCAAGAAGCCAAGGAACUGGCUAGACAAAUCAGUUUUAAGGCAGAAGUCAAUUCAUCUGGAAAGACUAUUGCUGAGUCGGACUUAAACCACUCUUUUUCACUAAAUGAUUUACAAGAUGAUACGCCUACGACAUUCCAGGGUGCUACGGCCAGUACAUCGUAUGGAGUCCCAAACCCCUCGGCAGCGUCCCUUCAACAGCCUGCCCAACCUGUAGCUAAGAAUACCUCCAUGAGUCCUCGACAGCGCCGGGCGCAGCAGCAGAGUCAAAGAAGGUCGUCUGCUUCACCAGAUGUAGGCCAGGGCCAGCAGGCAAGAGACAACCACACCCAUCAUGGCGGAUCCGCUGUACUGAUUGUCAUCUUGACUUUGGCCUUGGCAGCUCUUAUAUUCCGACGAAUAUAUCUGGCCAACGAGUACAUUUUUGACUUUGAGUUAUGAUAUUGUUUUGUGUCUUAAGAGCUGUGACUCAAGUGCUUCAUUAAACAUUCUGCAUUGGGUAUAAUCUAAGAAGUGUUUACAAAAAGUUUAUUUUGUAUUUACCCUUCGUUCCUUUUUUGGUCCUUAUAAAUUCAGUAUAAAUAUAACUAGACAUGCAGACUGUGUCCUGCUUUGGUUAAGGGACUGGGAGUGCGAGUCCCUUGUCUCACUGUCUGACCUGCUUUACACAGAAGUAACUUACUGUUGUUUCUCAUGCCUCAGCUUGCUUUUAUGUAAAUUUGUGAUACUUUUCUGUAUAACCCUUUGAAAUUUUUGGAUAAAAAAUGGUGUUUUAAUUUCCAAUAAGUAUUAGUCGUUACUCAAUACCAUUUAUUGAGUACUCUGUUUCUACUUCUGUAGAAUGAUUAGGGAUAAGAGUUGAAAAGGGAAAGAAAAACGCCUCAAAUAGCUUACUUAAAAUGUCGCUCAUAGGAAACGUACUGGGCUUGCCCGUUCUGUGACUGACUUUGUGUCAUAACAUUCUUCAGUGAAAGUAACUAUUUCAGUCAAACAUUUGUGAGAAAAUGCGAUUACGUCUUUGUUAUUGGUUGUUACUUGAAGAGGGAAUAAUGCUUUGUAACCACAUUGAUAUGCUGUUACCCCUUCUCUCCAGUAUGCACAAGAUUUAAAAAGAAAGAAAACAAUCCUCUAUAGAUCUUUGUUUUAAGGAAGAAAGGGUACAAACCAGAAAAUCGCUUGAUUUUCUUCCAGAAGUUAAGUGGGAAGAUCUUAAGAUUUGAAUAUUUGCUCCGCUUUGAAUUGUAUAUCUUUUAAGAUGUAUUAUAUGCCUAGCUUUGUAAUCACUAUAAAUUUAAUUAUUCCAGGAAUAUGCCUAAUGUUGAAAUAUUUCAUAUACCAUUUUAAUAGAGAAGCUCAGGGCCCAAAUAACAGUGAUAGAAAUUAGAAAAACCUUUACUUAGAAUUGUCCACGUAAUCAAAGCCCAAGAAAUAAUUUUCAGUGCAAAAUCAAUGUAUAACUUAAGGCUAGCUAGCUCCACGGACUCUAGUAGGUAAUUUUAUCAUCCUACUGCCCGAUGAGAACAGAGAAGCACAGAAAACAUUGCCUUCAGCAUGUUCAGUAGCCGCAUUGAGGGCACUCUUGAGCGUAUUGUUAAUGAGGAUUUAAUUUUUAAAUACAGGCAGUCCCCAGCUUUCAAAUAGGUUAUUCUCUAAAAGUGCAUUUGUAAGUUAAUUUUUUUUCCAACUCAAUGUCAUAAAUUGUGUUUAGGUUCUAGACGCGUCCACAAGUUAGUCCAUAAUGUAUCUUGAAUACUUUAGGGGAUGGUAUUCAUAAAGUCCUUUUGUGGUUUUUAACUAACUGAAAUUAUAGGCAAGAAAGAAACAAUUUGUAAAAUUAUUUUAGGGGCCGGCCCAGUGGUGCAAGCGGUUAAGUGCGCACGCUCCACUGCGGCCCGGGGUUCACCGGGUCAGAUCCCCGGCGCGCACCGGUGCACUGCUUGGCAGGUCAUGCUGUGGCAGCGUCCCAUAUCAAGUGGAGGAAGAUGGGCACGGAUGUUAGCCCAGGGCCUGUCUUCCUCAGCAAAAAAAAAAAAAAAAAAAAAAAAGAGGAGGAUUGGCAGAUGUUAGCACAGGGCUGAUCUCCUCACCAAAAAAAAAAUUAUUUUAAAGGCAAAUUUAAUUUUUACUCCUGCUAUGGGACUUGGAUCCUAUUAACCAUCAGACACAAUUUCUGUGUUCAUCUGAUAGCCAGUUUUCCUUUAUGUCUGCAUCUAAAGUAAGAACAUUAUAUACAAUUUAUAUAAUACAUAGUUGUCUUAAACUUUAAUAAAUUAGUAUUUUAAAAGUUUACAGAUUGUUUCUGUUAUGUCUGCAGCUUGGUGAAGUCUAAAAAGCCCAAGGACUUUAUGAAGACCUCGUAUGUCAGGAAAAUUUUAGGUUACCAUUUUAUAACUUUAUUGCCAUGAGAAAAUAUUUUCUGAAGUCUUGAUUUGGAACACAGGAUAUUAGGAAUACUGGGUCAGUGGUCAGUGGUCUCCUAGCGAGAGGUCACUGCCCCACCUGUGAAGACCGGGUAAUGUUAUCCCGAGAAGAAGGAAAUCCCCAUGCUCUCAACCUAUGCUGAGAUGAAUCAUGUGCUAGAACAAUCUUUGCUCCAUUUCCUCUCAGUCAAACUUGAGCCAGCGUCUGCACCUCUGUGAUCUUAUUGCCUGUUCCAUGAGGUGUACCUAUACUUUAAAAUUGAUGGAGCCAAGAAGAUUUGCAUUGUACAGAUCGUUUCUCUCUCAUUUGCAUCUCUUCCCUCACCCGUCGGCUGACAGGCCACCUUCUUGUUUGUGUUGGGAUUUUUUUAGCAUCUGCUACGUGUAUCUGCAAGUGGUACAUUUUUUGCUCCUUCCCUUUCAGCUCACAUAUGCUACCUAAAAUUCCUCAAGUUGUCAAUCUGACCUCCACUGUGGAGUUAGUGAGCAAAGGUGAUCUGUGGGGCCAUUCGUACGCAAAUGCCACCCGAAGGGCCUCUUCAGAAAACUAUUAUUUUUAAAGUCUCAGUUUAAUCCCCUAGGCCAAAACUGGAUGUUUGAUAGGUAAAGGCUUAGGACUGCUCCUUCUCCCAGUCCUCGGAUUUAGGGAACUCAUGGCUUUUUCUUUGACCAACAUAGCACAUGACUACAUUUCAAGGUCGUUAAAACAGCAUGCUUGAAAAAAUGUAUGAUGACUGUUUCACCUAUAAUUAAGCCAAUGAAACCUUUCAGAUUUUGUGUGUUGCGGGGCUUUUAUGUAGCACUUUACAUUUCAUGCUGCUUGUUGUUUUAUUCUACUGAAAUAAAUGAAUUUCAUCAAAAUUCUCAACUAAUUUUUUAAAGAGCCUUUAAAAAUUGUUUAUUAUUUUGACAAUGGAAAUAUAAAAUUUCCUAUUUCAGGAGAACAAGAAACCUUUUUGUUAUUUUUGGCUAUGAAUAAACUUUCUGGUAUCUUGAAACCUCCCGUUUGUAUAGACCAGGAUCAGUAAACAAGCAGACUUCACUCAUUUGGACUUAUUUGAGCAGAAACCUAGGCUGAAGUACUGAAAAGCCUAAAUUGUUUUAUUGCUUGCAAGUAAGUGUAUGAAAAGUGAAUGCAUUUAGUGAACCUGACUUUUAUAAUGUAUACAUUAACGUGGGUACCAGUAAAGCCUUUGUGGGAGGCUGUACAUUGCUCAAAAGCUGUUUGGAAUGCCUCUUUGACAAGCUGCCUCCAGAACUAGUUUGAGCUGCUCAAUAAAACCAGUGACUUUAUUCAUACCUUG